AUGGAUCCUAACUUAGAGCUGUAUAGAAGCCUGCUCGGUCUUGGUCCUGUUGAGCGCCAUGAACGUCUACUGCAUCUUCCUCGAUCUGAGCGACUCAGGGUUGCCUGUAUUGUUCAUCGCGAAAAGCUGGCCCAGAGGCUACAAGAGAAGUUAGCGGGCAGAGACCUUGUUGAGAUGGCACUGAGCAACCCCUCCGAGUUCCAUGGCAAUGUACUCUUGCAAAACGCGCUGCUUGGCAGAACUUCUUUUACGCCUGAUGAGACUAAAAUGAUAAAGCGUAUUUUGGGCGUACAGCAUGACGGAGAGGGUUUGUUCGAAACAAUCGCGGACUAUGACCGCGAGUAUUAUAUCGAUAUACCAAUCGAUGCGUGGAAGCUAGUCUACUGCGACUUGUACUAUAUCGAUGGGGUUAAUAGUUGUUCGCUACAAGACAUUUAUGAGAGCCGUCUUCGAGAGGAGGAGCUUCGAGCCCCUGCGGCACGAGCAAGAGAGAAUGUACGCCGUGACGUGAUCAAGCUAGCACGGAGGAAUGCGAAAUGGAUGCUCUCAGAACUUGAUCGACUUUCUGAUGAAGAAAAAGCACAGCCCCUUGAGGACUUUGGGAAAACGGUUCGUGCCGUCUGGAAGCGAGCGUCCCAUGCGCCACCAGCUUGGAUACAAGCCAUUCUUCGCGCUCAGCAGCCCUGGGGAUUUGUCUACUACAAAGCCAAGGAGGUCAAACAGCCAUACGAUAAGGGGGACUUGGAUGAGGAUGAUGGCUUCCGACGACACUUCCGAGAAUACAGACAGUCCCUCUCAUCAGCAGGUAUUCUCAAAAACACAUUCAUUGUAAUCCCCUUUGAAUUUAUUCCUCAGUCUCAAAACAAGGAGCUUGAUCCAUAUUGGGUUUGGGCAUACGAUGCAGACUGGGAUAACUCUACUGAAGAGACUGUCUGCAGUAGUGGCGAAAAGUACCAAGGCCGAGUCAAGGUAGCUGUCUACUCCCUGAACGCUUGGUUCUAUGCUGCGCGGUGGGAGGGCGUAAGCUUGCGAGAUAUGUGGCUUAAGGCACAAAUGCACCAGGAUAAGCUAUGGAUCUGCUAUUCAAAGGAGAUGGAGAAUUGGGAUCACGAGCCAUAUAUAUGA